UUUUGAGUCGGGACGAGUUGGGGGUUUUGUUAAGUGGGAUGAGUGGAGGUUUGAGUUCAUUGGGACGAAUUUAGAGGGGACGAAUCGAAAGCAGCCCAUAUAAUCGCUUAAAAAGAAAUGAAAGAAAAGAUAAUGAAAGAAAAAAAAGACUUCUACUCCAUUAGAUUUUCAAUCAUUUGCCAAUGGACACCUUGUUAACCUUGUUUUGGUAUCCAUUCUUUAUCCCGACUGCUUUUUAAUUAAAAAAAAUUUUUUCUUCAUUUUCUAAUUUUUCUCUAUCAUUCCCCCUCUAAUUUUAAAGCAUGUUAAUCUAAAAUUCACUACAUUAAUUUGCCUUCAUGGGCUGGUUUAGCUUCAAAUUUUGGUUUUGUUUUCGUCUUAUACUUGCAUCUAUUGCUCAUUUUAACUGGUUAACAGCAAUUUAUGUCAAUUGUAUUUUCUUUACUUUAUGGAAAUCCUAUGAUAUUUUUUGGUUUUGGUUCCAUUUAUUUUUGUGUAUUUGCUUCCCAGCUUUGAGGCCUGAAAAUUAUUUAAUUGUAUUUAUUCGCUUAAUUCGGGCAAAAUAUGGAGAAUAUUCCGACAAAUCUUUUAAAGAAAUUUAUGAACAAUUUUAUAAAUAUGAAGGGAAGACCAAGGCUGAAGUUGAAUUGAAACGAGUUGAGACUUUAAGAAGGGAAAAAAGAGAAAGCAGAAGAGCUGGAAAUAAAAAGGCGGACGAUUCUUCCUCUAGUGAAGAAGAAGGAAAUAUUGAAACUGGAAGACCUACAUUAUACCCUAAAUUGCUUGAAAAUGAAGAACAGGCUAUGCCAAAUAUUCGCUUAGAUCGUCAAAAAGCAGGAAAGAGUAAACAAGACCAAUUAGAAGUUUUGAUCACUCAUCGAGAGCCUCCAACAGCUGAACGAACUGGACUGAAAAAAUUAAUCCCUUCAUUUUUAACCAAAAAAAGUGAUUCACAAAAGCGGACAGAGAAAAUUGAAGAAGCAAAACGUCUUCAAGAACGGGACAAAGAAAAGUCUGAAAAAUUGUUAGCCAAGCAAGAACGAAAAGAGAAAAAACGAGCAGAGUUGGCAUUGCUAAGAGAAAGGGCAAAAAUUGAGAGAAGACGCAAAAAUUUUGCGGAUUCAGUCGAUUUAUUACUAACCUAUUGCCGUCUAACAACUUCUUUUGCUGUAAUGGUAGGGAAUGUUCACAAAAUGUUUUUGCCUAGAUAUUUAGCUCCUCCAAGAGAUUCUGUUUACGACAGUCCAGAUAUUUUAAUGGUUUUUGGUUUUACUUUGUUAAUUGAUGUUGGGUUCUUUUGGUUAUUAACUAUUUUGAGUUUUUGUCAACAAAUUGGCCUUUGUUGUCGUCUAGGUUGUUGCCGUUUUAUUUUUUGGUGUUUUGGUCUUUUAUUUUUUGGAGGUUUUUGUAUGUUAUAUCCAAUGCAUUAUAUUCAAGAACAAAUGGAUGAGACUUGGUGUCAAUUUGAAGAGGGGGAAUAUUUAAGUAAUUAUUUUGAUGGAAAAUAG